AUGUCAUGGAAGCAGAGAAACAAGGAGUUCGAAGAACGAGAAGAUGUCAUGGGAGCAGAGAAACAACGGAGUUCGAAGAACGAGAAGAUGUCAUGGGAGCAGAGAAACAAGGAGUUCGAAGAACGAGAAGAUGUCAUGGGGAGCAGAGAAACAAGGAGUUCGAAGCGACGAGAAGAUGUCAUGGGAGCAGAGAAACAACGGAUUGGAUUACCAAAGAUGGUGAAGAACAUCCGGGCAUUGCCCAUCCGGGGUGUGCUGACAGUUAUUGGCGGGUUCCUGAUACACUUUACCGUCGGUACCGGAAACAUCUUUGGCAACAUAAACCCCUAUCUGACGUCGUACAUCCGGGCUCGAAGUUCGUCCAUAAAUCAUUCUCUACCCCUUGCGGCCUUGACCCAUGGCGUCAUGCACGGUGCAGGGAUUUGUAUGGCGUACCCUGGAGCAGUGAAAACUGCACUCAAGUGGUUUCCCGGAAAAUCGGGUUUGGUGACAGGAAUUAUCCUGUGUGGUGUCGGUGUUGGCGCCAUCGUGUUCAACCAGGUCGUCACGGCCUUCAUCAACCCUGACAACCUCUCCCCUGAUGAAACAAUAAAAGAUGAUUUGUUCUUCACGCAGACUUCUCUUCUAGACAGGGUACCCUACUGUUUUCUUCUACUAGGAGGGGUCUGUACAAUAACGCAGCUCUUUGCUGUCGUGUUUCUCAUGAGCACGCCCACGGACACGCCCACGGACACGCCCACACAGGAAGGAAAUUCAGAAAAGGAAGUCAACAAGAGCCAUGCAGAAGACACGAAUCCAGAUGAAAAGCCCAAACAAGUUGGCUCCAUGACAUUGGACGCAUACAAACCACAUUCCGCCAGUAUCUCUGACAAUGACGACGAUCACUACACACCACGUCAGGUUCUACAGUCGAAGCUGUUCUACCUGUUGUGGCUAAUCAACAGCUGUGUGAUGCUCGGUAUUAUCCUCAUAAGCACCUUUUACAAGACAUUUUCCCAGACUUUCAUCAAAGAUGACCAUUUUCUGGCUCUGGCUGGCUCUGUGGGAUCGGCCUUUAAUGCUCUGGGGCGACCAUUCUGGGGAGCCGUGGGGGACAAGAUAGGCUACAGGGAAUCGCUCACCAUUGUGAUUGGAGUGUUUGGAACAGCAGGUGCGACCUUCACCUUGUGUGAAUAUGGCGGGAAAGCGAUGCUGAUGAUUUGGUUGUGUCUUUUAAAUGGCACAUACUCGGGAUUCUUGGCCCUCAUGCCUUCUCUGACAGUCUCUCUCUAUGGUCAGAAAUACUACAGCGUCAACUACGGCCUGCUCACCACCAGCCACGUGAGUCUGCGACAUCAUCUUCUUACUUGA